AUGGCUGAAGAAACUGUUUCUCAAGAGCUGCACAGCGCCUCUGAGCUGAGGAUCGUGCUGCUUGGGGGAAACUGGCCUGGGAAGAGUGAAGCAGGAAACACUAUCCUGGGAAGAGAGGAGGGAAGAUCGGGAUUCAUCUUCUCUGCUGUAACAAAGGAGUGUGAGAAGAGAACAGGAGAAGUGUCUGGGAGACGGGUCACUGUGGUCAACACUCCAGACUUGUUACACGCAGACCGGGUUGAGAUUGAGAGAUGCGUUUCUCUGUCUGCCCCGGGACCCCACGCUUUCCUCCUGGUGAUGCGGGUGUAUACAAAACAAAUAGUUGACUCUAUUAAAUUAAUAGUGGAACAGGAUUGUAAAGCCCUGGAAAAAGUGCUGGAGCUGUUUGGUGAGAGAGCUGUGAGGAACACGAUGAUCCUUUUCACCCACUGGGAUUAUCUGAGAGGCAGGAAGAUUCAGCAGUACAUUGAGGAAGCUGGAGAGAAGCUCCAGCAGCUUGUUGAGAAAUGUGGGAACAGGUAUCAUGUUCUCAACACUGAGGACAGGAGCGAUCGCACUCAGGUCACACAGCUCCUGGACAAGAUAGACAACAUGGUGAAGGGAAGUGGAGGCUGCUACACUGUGGAGAUGUACCUAGAGGAGAAAAUUAGACAAAAGGAACAGGAGCUGAAUAAGAAACACAAAGACGAGCUGAGUAAGAAACACGAGGAGAUGAAACAGAAAUAUGAUGAGGAACAGAGGAAGAGAUAUGAGGAGCUGAUGGAGAUGUUGAGGAAGGAAAUGAAGGAAGAGGAGCUGGAGAAAGAGGCAGAGGAAUCCAAGCUGCCUGUCAGGAGAAGGAACAGCAUCCAAUUCCCUUACCCCCCAUCAUGUCCUGAAAAGCAAGUGGAGAGCAAUCAGAGGGAUCCAAUCUGCCUUCAAGAGAAGAGUGGCAAGGAGAUUCAACCCCCCCACAGAACCCCCAGCUUCCUCCUGUUAUACCCGGUGGGGCCCCUUCACGAGGAAGAGCAGGAGAGCGUGGAGACAGUCCAGGGAUAUUCAUGA